CUCUCAGUCCGCCCGCGCACAGCUCGGCAGAGGAUGCAGCGGCCGCGCAUCACAGCGGAGCUGCCCGCCUUCACACUGCUUCCACAUCACUCCAAAUACCAUUAAACAAGGUGGCGGUAGGGCUGCGAAGCUGCCUCAGAUACUGUAAGAGAACAUUUCGGCCAGCCAAGCAGGGCCCUCUGCACUCCUAAUGGAGGGGCAGUUGGGAGGUUUUUGGGAAGGACGCCAUGUUUCCCUGUGUCUCCUCCUGGCCUUCUGCUGAAGCGCCCGCCCCUCUGGGCCAUGCCCCGCCCGCUCCUCCAGUCCAGCCGCCCAAUCAGCCCCUUCCUGACCUGCUGCGUGGUUGCGCUGUGCUGCCGCCCUCAGCCCCGCCCUUGAGCCCCUUUGCCAGUGACAUGGAGUCCGUCAUUGUGGUGACCGAAUACGAGCCCAGCGGCACCCCGGGGCAGGGGGGCGGAGACGAUGAGGAGGUGGAGGACAUGGACAGCUCGGAAACACCCGAGCCAUCGUCCGGUCCAUCACCGCCCUUCCGCACGCCCUCCUGCGACCUCUUGUCUCACACGGUGGGGCGGCCUGAGGCUCUGUUCCCAGAGGCGCAGGAGCACCGGGGCAGACUCAACCUUUCAGACAGGAAACUGUCGCUUCAGGAGCGCUCGCAGACCCUCUCCUCACCCUGCGGAUCACCCAGCCUCAACGGCCGCUACAUCUACCCGUCUCUGCCCUACUCGCCCAUCACCUCGCCCCACUCGUCUCCGCGCCUGCCCCGCAGACCCACCGUGGAGUCCCACAGAGUCUCCAUCACGGACCUGCAGGAUUGUGUGCAGCUCAACCAGUACAAGCUGAAAGAUGAGAUUGGAAAGGGCUCCUACGGAGUUGUCAAACUGGCCUAUAAUGAGGAUGACAACACCUACUAUGCCAUGAAAGUUCUGUCCAAGAAACGACUGAUGAGACAGGCUGGCUUCCCGCGAAGACCUCCUCCCAGAGGGGCCAAAUCAGCCCCAGAGGGCCAGCCUCAGCCCAAAGGCCCUCUGGAGCGGGUGUACCAGGAAAUCGCCAUCCUCAAGAAGCUGGACCAUCCUAAUGUGGUCAAGCUGGUCGAGGUGUUGGAUGACCCCAGUGAAGACCAUCUAUACAUGGUAUUUGAGCUGGUCAAGCAAGGUGCAGUGAUGGAGGUUCCGACUGAUAAACCACUGAAUGAGGACCAGGCCCGUUUCUACUUUCAGGACCUGCUGAGAGGAAUUGAGUACUUACAUUAUCAGAAAAUCAUCCAUCGGGACAUCAAGCCGUCUAAUCUGCUGGUAGGGGAGGAUGGACAUAUUAAGAUUGCUGACUUUGGGGUCAGCAACCAGUUUGAGGGAGCGGACGCACUGCUGACCAGCACAGUAGGAACGCCUGCUUUCCUUGCUCCAGAGACACUCUCUGAGACCCGCAAGAACUUCUCUGGCAAGGCUUUGGAUGUUUGGGCAAUGGGAGUCACAUUAUACUGCUUUGUCUUUGGCGUGUGUCCGUUCAUGGAUGAGCGCAUACUGAGUCUGCAUCAGAAGAUUAAGACUCAGCCAGUGGAACUGCCAGAGCAUGCAGAUGUGUCUGAUGAUUUGAAGGACCUACUUUUUAAGAUGCUGGAUAAAAAUCCUGAAACCAGAAUAACUGUGCCACAAAUUAAGGUACACCCCUGGGUGACACGGCAUGGUGCUGAGCCCCUUCCUCCUGAGGAUGACAACUGCUGCAGUCUAAUCGAGGUGACGGAGGAGGAGGUGGAGAACUCUGUUAAGCACAUCCCCAGUCUGGCCACAGUGAUCCUUGUGAGGACCAUGUUACGGAAGCGAUCCUUUGGAAACCCCUUUGACUGGGGCCGCAGGGAGGAUAGGAGCCCAACCACACAGGGACACACGCUCACGAAACAGGAGAGCGGGGAAGGCAUGAGGAGCAUGGACCUGCCCUUUGUGGGCGAGGAUGAAGUGCUUUCCUGACGCUUCAGGCCUCGCUAGCAGCACUGGAAGGGCCUAGCAUCAAACACUCUCCACCUGGGAAGUGGACUGGUGGGGGAUUGGAAGGGUUCAAGAUUCCCAGGAUGUGGACGUGUAGCUGGGACAUGGACUCCAGGAAGGGCUCCCGGCUCUCAGUCGUUGAUGUGGGGCUGCUCGCCCACGCCAUGCAUGCAUCAUUUGUACAGUCCUACAGUAGCAUGCACUGUAUGUCCGUCAGUCAGGUCUCUGCUCUCAGGACCUACUCUUCCUUACGUUUGUGUGCGUGCGUGUGUGUGCGUGGAUGUGUGUGUGGGUUUUUUUCCUCCUGUCUAGCUUGGAGGUUGUGCUUGCACUUUCACUGUAGCGGGGGCGGCACUGCAGUAGAAAUAAGGAUAAGUGAAUGCUAACUACUGAAGCAGCCCCCUCAACAUGCGGUUUAGAAUGACAGGCUGUUUGAAAGUCAUUGUUCUGACUACUGUUAGGUGUUGAUAUGAAAAGGGAGAAAAGGGAAAAAGAAAACUACGAAAUUACUUAUCGUUCAUAGACGCUUUAUUCAAGUGAAGGCUUGGCCUGGGCGAUAGGGUGAAGUAACAGGGAAUCAGUGAUGAUUGACAAGUAAACUGACAACCAUGCUUUGACAUUUUGGGAAAGAGAACUGACAGAGAACUACAGAAGAAUAGUUUUAAAUGAUUUUGACCUGUAAUGUUUUGCUCCCUUUUACUAUUAAAACAAUGGAUUAUUAUGGGGCAUUAAUAAGUAGACUAUGCUGCAGUAAAUUUUCCUCUAUCUGCUGGGGGUUUCCCAGAGUGCGACUUACCCUACAAAGAAAUUUUACCAUACAGCUUAGCAUCUUGAUGAUUCAGAUGAAUUAAAUCUAAAAGUACAAUAUUUUAUGGUUUCCCACAGGUAUCUAUGAUGAAUCCCAGAGCAUCUCCAGAAAAAAAAAGUAUCAGAGUAUCAGAAUACUUUUCACAAUACACGAUACGCAUCACAAACUUUUGACACUGGCAAAAUGUGUCGCAUUUAAAAACUACAAUCAAAAACUAAAAAUACAGUGAUUAGUAUUCAACAUUUCACAUACUGUGCUGUACUAAAUCUAAUUAAACAUUUCUAAUUAUGUUCUCUUUGUAAUGAAACAUGCAGCUUGUCAAUGUUCUUUAAAUACUGAUGACAGUGACAGUGUGCUCAGAAAUUCAUAUUGUGUAUCAUGCUAAAAAAUGAUCACAGUUACAAUUAAAUAUCGUCAUAUUGCCCACCUCUGAUGUAAAGCAUGUGGACACUCAAUUAGUCACUUUUAUCUUCAUCAUUUCAAGGGCGAUUCCCGGCAGAAUUAAACUGUUAAGAUGUGAACAAAGUUAUUCAGAGUGGUCGAAUGUGAAGUGCAUUGUAGAGAAACCUACCGUCUUCUUCGGCACAUUUCUUUACGGUGGUGAUGAUAAGAACUAGGGGCCGCAUUAUUACAAGUUUCUUUGGGUUCUGUUUUUCCGUACAACAGCCUGCUUGUACCUUUGGGAACAGAUUUGAAAAAAUACAUUUCAGGCCAAAAGCUUUUCUCAGAACUUUGUUAAAUAUCAUCUCAGACGUCAGGCUGCAUAUUCCUAACUAUUUCAGGUAAUAGCUUUUUGUGAGGUGGCUUUUAAAAGCAUUAAACCCUUCAGAUGUCUGGCUCCUGUCAACACCGUUGUAAACAAUUCUGACUCGUUCAAUAAUCAGAAAAAUGGAAAAUGAGAGAUUUUUAUACGAUUAGGUGACAUUAAAAAAAGAACAUAAGCUAAAGUGCAGCGUGUAGGUGUGUUUCCCAUGUGGGGAGGGGGUUGAUAUUAUCGAUAAUCCUGAUUUUUCAAUCAAUAAAAUAUUAUUUUUAGAUAUCGCCCAGGCCUAGUCACGGCAUGAAUAUGUAAAAAGAAUAAGAUUCUCAUCAGCAGACAUGCUCAGUUCUACAAAAAAUUAUAUCCCAUUUGUUUUUAAGUCCUCCCUGCAUAAUUGUUUGAAUUAUGGAGCAAUAGAGGACAGCAUCAGUUGUGAUAACGCAAAAAAUAUUGUUUAAAAAAAAUCGCCAACCAACCAAUGAACAUAUUUCAUUGUGAGGACGUUUUUAUGACUCUUUAACUCUAUUCAGGGUGAUAUCUAAGGGAUAAUGCAGAUACUGUAUGUGUGCAUGUGUGCGUGUUAAGGUCACAGAGCUUUGGGUGUGUAUUAUAACGUAUACGCACUAGCUAAUGGGCUAGGUUAUACAAUUCUUAAACUAUUUACUGUUUUUUUACACAGAGGGAAUUCAAGUAGUGGCAUGAUCUCAUGUUUCAGAUAGUAGGUUACUCAUUUAGGGAUUACCCAGCCUGUUAGGGUAUACCAAAAUAAUUGGCUUUGUGAUAGCUUUUUCAGACUUUUAUCAAUGUGAACCUUUUUAUCGUGAAGGUCACGGUCCUUUACUGUAAUUUUACAAACACUUGUAUGUAGAAUGACCAAAAUAAUACAUACUGGUGCAUCUUAAAGUUGUCAUGGUGAAAGUGUAUUAGUUAUUGACAUUUCAAUAUCAGGCAUAUAGAUUGCAUUUCUUUUUUAGAAAAGACAAUAACUUUUACAAUCUAUGCAUGACUUGUCACUUGUUGAACUCUUUUGGACACAAAUGUAUGCCUUACAUUUCAUCAGCAUACAGUUAGAGUUUUGAUACUGUAGAGCUGAGAUAGGCUAAGUUAUUCUAGUCCUACAGUAGUGUAGAAAUGGAAGAGCAUUGUAGUAACAUGCUUUUUUUGAUCUUAGUCUAAUUUGCCCAAAGCUCUUGAGUUUUUUUUCUUCAAUGUGCACUUCAGUCAGUGAGCUCUUGUGUUUUGGCCCCUUUUCCCACGAUUUAGAUGUAGUUCAACGUGUUUGUGAGUGGUGCUUUCUGCCACAAGACUUCCUUUGUGACUCACACAAAAUGAUAUUGAGAACACAGUUCAUGCUUCCACACGUUAAGGAGCGAUUCAGCACGAGCGUGUUUUGAAUGUACAGCCAAAGGGUUGGAGUUUACAAGCAGGUGAAGCCACUUGUGCUCCUUUGGCUUUCUGCGCUUUGCUUCUUGCAUGUCGGCUCUGCUGUACUUUGAGGGUCAUUCUCCGAGCUGGAUGUGUCUGUGUUUUUUUGAACUUUUACUAUGCAUACGGAAAUCUCGAUCUGUGGUGCAGUUCCAGACCUUGUCAGUCAGUCAGUCAGUCUCUUGUGUUUGUUGUGUUGGAUGUUGGUUAUUUUAGGGGAAAACCCAUGAAGUCCCAUUGGAACAUGUAUUCUCAAUUGAUAUAUGCAUGAACGCCAGUGUUCAGAACAUGUACAUAUAAUAGCAGGAUCUAUAAGGGGGUAUUUUAAAGGAAGAGGAAAAAAUUAAAGGAGGAAUUGCAUCAAUUUUUAAAAAAUUCAGCAGAAUUAAAUCACUGAGAUAUAAAGUCAUUCAGAGUGAUUUGGAGUGAAAUGGUUCAUUGUAGAGAAACUGUAUGAAUGUCAACAUGUUGAGUUUUAUAUGUAACGUUGAUAAAAAAUAAUGGUUUAAAAAAAAUAAUGGGUAUUAAUUUGCCUUACAACACCCUGCAUUUCCUGCUUCUCUUUAAAGGCAUUUGAAAUUAUGUUUUAGGCCAAAAUCGUAUCUCAAAACAUUCAUAAAACAAUGUCUCAGGCAUCAGGCAACAUAUCCAGAACUAUUUCCUUUGUGGAAGCUUUUGGAGGUGCCAAACUCUUCAGAUGUCUGGUUCCUGUCACCCCCCUUGUGAAUAAUUUUGUCCCUGCAGUUUCUCUAAAAAUGGAGCAUUUCACAUCAAAACACUUUGACUGACUGUGUUUACAUCUUAUUGAUUUAAUUAUGCAGAAAUGUGUUAAAAUCAGUGGAAUUCUCCUUUAAAUGUCUGUUAUAUGACAACAGCUUCAGUAACCCUUCGGAGGAAAAAACAGGCUACUACCCUUUAAAUAGAACUGAAUAUUGAGGACCUAACAGAAGAACACAAAUGUCAGCAAAAUUUAGAUCGAUCUGAAUUCGAUUUUUAAAUUUAAAAAUGACAUUUAAUUAGAACAUCUCUUAUACUUUUCACUAAAAAGGCACCAACUGAAGAGCUUUCGUUCUAAUUUCUUCCCUGCAUGCACAAGCUCACACCUUCUGAACUGACCUCAGAGUAGACUGAGAUCGCCUGCAAGGUUUGAAUUUAAAUAUAUAUGUUAAAAAAAAUAAAAAACAAGAAUGCUGUAUGAUAUUUGUAUUUGUAUAGUAUAAAUAUUAAGCUUUUUUCUUCAUGGUACGUGCCCAGUUUUACCUGAAGGGCUAGGAUAUCGGCGUCCAUAUCACUUAAGCGAGUAGGUUUUAGCCACUGUAGUGACGGUUUACAUGAACAUAACUGCAUGCCAUCAAUAUCAUGACACUCGAUUUCCAAGCAUGUUGAUACGGGAUACACAGUUACAUCACCGUUGAUCAUUCUAUACAUAUUGUAUCUUGUUCAUUAUUUGAAUAAAUUAACGUUGCCUUUA